AUGGCAUCGGCCACGAUGGGCUUGAGACGUCGAACGCAGAUCGGCAGCUCGCCCGUCGGCGGUGCAGCGUCCGCCUCCUCGUCGUCCAACGGCAGCGGCUCCAGUGGCGCGGGCAGCAAGCGCACCCGCUCCGACAACAACAACAGCCCCAGCCAGGGCAAUCUGAACUCGCCGCCCGAGCCGGCGGCCAAGAAGACCCGCUCGUCGGCGGCCUGCAACACGCGCAGCAGCGCCCGCGCCAAGGAGCAGCUCGAGCAGCAAGUCAAGAAGGCGCCGCCGCCCUGGUCCGAUCGCUCGCUGGCAUCGAUAGCCGGCCUCGCGCUCGGCGGCCAGAGCCUUCAAUUACCCGACUCGGUGGCCGCCUCUCUCAGCUCGCCUCUGGCCAACUUCAUAAACAGCUCCAUGGCUACCUUCGUGGGCAACGCGACGGCGGCGGGACUCGGCAAAGGCACGUCCCCCUGCUCGUAUCUCGACAUCUCCAACAUGACCUCCUCCUCUGCCUCCUCGUCGGCCUUGGCCACGUCCUCCUCCUCCUCCGCCGGUCAGGCCAACAACAGACCGACGCCGUCCAACAAUGCCGCGGCCAACUCGAGCUGGGCCGCCGAUGCCGACGCGGUGGCCAAAGCCGCCGCCGCCGCGGCUGUCACGGGCUCGCUCAGCGGCCUGCCCUUCCCACCGUUCGGCGCUCUGAAAAAGGAGUCCGAGCAACAAAAGCAACAACCGAGCAGUCCGCAAGCCACGGCGAGUGCUGCGUCGGCGACAGCUACCACCACGACGACAGCAGCGGCGGCGGCGACGACGACGCCGACAACGACAACGAGCAAUCCACCGGAGAGUCUGCCGAAGAACUUUCCGAACGACUCGAUGUUCGCUACGUAUCAGCCGUGGGUGAUCAAGACCUACGGCGAUCUGGCCAAGACAAAGACCAUCACGAUCAAGAAGUACGCGCGUAUACUGCGCACGCUGCGCGGCGAGGAGGUGAACAGCGCCGAGAACAGCAAGUUUCGUUUCUGGGUGAAGAGCAAGGGCUUCCACAUCGGUCAGCCCGAGGGCUACGACGCCAAGCCGGCCGACAGGAUCGUCGGCAGGCACGCAGUCACCAGUCCCGGCCUCGAUCCGCCUCUUUACGUGCCGACUCAGCCGCCCCACAACAAAAACUUGAAUGGAGCGGAGGGCACAGUACCACCUGGCAGGGUUUACAAAAAGGUGGCCAUCGUGGAGAAUUUCUUCGACAUCAUCCACGCGGUACACGUCGACCUCGAGGGCAGACCCGGAAAACACGCCGGACAGAAACGUACCUACAGAACCAUCACCGAGACGUAUGCGUUUUUGCCACGCGAAGCUGUCACGCGAUUUUUGCUCGGCUGCACCGAGUGUCAGCGCAGACCCAGAACACCGAGCCCGACGAGCAGCCUCCAGGUGCCCGCGAAUGGCGCAAAUCAAAACAGCAACAGCAGUAAGCCAAAUACGCCGACGCCCGCAUCGACGCCACCGUUGGCCUCAUCGCCAAUGGCGCCGCCGCAGCAGCCGCCGCAGCAACAACAACAGCAGCAGCAGCAGCAGCAGCAACAACAACAGCAACAGCCACAACAGUCACAGUCUCAAGCUUCGACGAUGAUGCAGCCUCCUCCCGCUCCAACGGAGACGACACCAUCUAGUCCCAAGGCGGCCACUGCCAUCGUCAGCAGUAGCAGCAGUAACAGCAACAACAGCUCGGCUAGCGAGCCGAUGGAGGCCUGUGCGAGCGACAACAGGCCCAAAGAAGCGAGUCAUCCAGGCGAUCAAAGCAAUAACAACGACUGCAACAGCCAAGAACAAAAGCCAAAGAGUCCCAUGAUUACGACGACGACGUCGAUGUCGUCGAUGCAAAUCUCCGGCGCCGCGAGAUCCCCACCCAUGCCGAUGAGCACGUGCACGCCGGUUUCGUCGCAAGACACGCUCAACGCCGCCGUCGCCAAAGACAACGCCCGAGUCGUGCGCGACGAGAAGUACAAUCCCCUCAGCAUAACGAAUCUGCUGCGCAAAGAUCCAGUCGGUAGCAAUAACAAUCGCAAUAAUCAUCGCCACGGUGGUGUCGUCGUGCCGGCUACCUCGACCAUGGCAAUGGCGGCCACGACUUAUCACCAACAGCAACAACAACAACAGCAACAUCUAGCGUGCUCCGAACGACAAGCUCUGAUCACGACGACGGCGACGACGACCAACUGCUCGCCAACCACCCACUCGACGACGAACAACGUGCCCAAGUGGACGGGCCAUCCGCAGCUGAAAUGCUCGCUGCCGCUCGACUGCGCCGCCGCCUACAUCAGCAACAAUCCUCUGCUGGCACCUUUGAUGAUCAAAAAGGAGCUUCAGCAGCCACAGCACCAGCUGCCACUGCCCAAACAGUCGCCCGGUGACCCCGAGGACGAGAAUUACUCGCCGGCCACAGGUCUGAUCGACACGAAUCUCAAUCUCCUGGCGACUAUUCAGCAGAUGCACUGCCAAGUCAUGCUGGCGCUGACGGAGCGGCUCAGGGCGCCGUCCAUGUCGCCGAGUCCUGCGGCCCUCAAUAACGCCAGUCACGAGUCAUGAGGUCGAGCUUCGCAGACACAACAACAACAACAACAAGCAGCAGUCGCAGCAGCGGUAUCGAGAGGCUUCAGCAUCGAGGCACUUGUAAAUAGUAAUAUUUGUAAUAUAGCCACCGCCGUCGCCGGUGAUACUAACGAUAACGACGUUAAUCAUGAUAAGAAACCCUAGGCAGACGAAAAAGCACCGCCACACGCUUACACGUAAACAAACUUUGUUUCCAUUAUCAUUGUUUGCUUCUUUAUCGAUGAAAUUAAAGUGAUUUAUUUAUUAUAUUGAAUAGCGAGCGCUUAGUUAAUGAUUUAUUGACAUUUCUAUAGAUGUAUAUUAUUAUAUAGAUAUAAAUGUAUAUUAUAUAUAUGAAUGAACGAAUAAAUAAAUAUAAAUAGUUUUC